AUGAGUUCCAUUUGCAAGAACAGAAUCUGCUUCUCUGAUGCACCAAUUGCGUUUUCUCUUUUAUUAGUUUCACUGCUGCUAUCGCUCUCUUCUGUGGAAGCUCAACCGGCAUCACCACCAGAUGAUUAUCCCUAUGCUAGAUUCAGCCCUUCAAUGGCCAUCAUAAUCGUCGUUCUUGUAGCUGCUCUUUUCUUAAUGGGGUUCUUCUCCAUAUACAUCCGACGGUGCUCAAACGACGGCGGAGCCAGCCUCCGUGCAGGUCUUUCCAUGCGCCGUGCCGGCAGAGCAGCUGCAGCCUCUCGUGGUCUCGAUUCAGAAGUGCUUGAGACGUUCCCGACCUUCGCUUACUCAGCUGUGAAGGAACUUAAGAUCGGAAAAGGAGCACUGGAAUGCGCCGUUUGUCUUAACGAAUUCGAAGACGAAGAAAAUCUCCGGUUGAUCCCCAAAUGCGAUCAUGUUUUUCAUGCUGAGUGCAUCGAUGCUUGGCUCGAGAAUCACGUAACUUGCCCUGUCUGCCGAUCCGAUCUCGUUCCUAAACCCGGUGAUACAACUCAAAUCGAAUCAGGAGCUGCGGAGGGAGCUGAUAACCAGACGACGGCGGCUGCGGAUGAAGGAAAUACAGUCACUGACGUCUCGAUUACAAUCGGAGACGAUGUCGUCGACCCAACUCCACAACCGGCGGUCCUCAACCGGAACCAGAGUGCCAAAACAAACCUCCCACCACGAUCAAAAUCCGUACGUGGACCUAAACUGUUUGAGAAGUUCCGAUCACAUUCCACCGGACAUUCACUGGUUCAACCUGGUGAAAACACAGACCGAUUCACGCUAAGAUUACCGGAGGACGUGAGGAAGCAAGUGAUAACCAAUGGUCUACUGAACCGAUGUGGAAGCACCGUGAGGGUGGUCGGAGAAGGGAGUGCAAGGAAGGGGUACAGAACCGGCGAGGGUAGUAGCCGGGGAAGAUCUUACCGGCGAAUGGGGAGUUUAGACAGGGUUUUCUCAAAGGCGCCGUCGUUCUUGUCUCGAGCAUUCUCCGUUAGAUCUCCUAAAAUCGUGUCAGAUAACGGUGGCGCGUCAACGUCUUCCGUCGAUAAAAUUCCUCUCAAUAACAUUGGGCCGAAGAGUGACGAGCCCGGUUCGGGAAGUGCUGACUCUGGUCGGCCGCCGGUUUAG